AUGAAGAGCGCUGCGAUCCUGCCACCGACGCACACCGCGGGCGACGACAUCAUUGACGAGGACAAGGGCGCGAUUGUGCUGGCGACGCUCGAGCUGCGCCCACUCGAGCACGCCCGCGACGACGUCGCCGCCGCCUUGCGCUCCAUCGACGACGCCGACUGGUACGUCCAAUACGAGGCGAUCGAGACCUUUCGCCGGGCACUCGUGCACCACGCGCCGACCGCGGGCCCGCACCUCGGCGACGUCCUCGCCAUCUUCUCGGCCGCGAGUCUCAACCUCCGGUCCGCCACGAGCAAGAACGCACUCCUUGCGCUCGCCGAGUGCUUUGAGUUUGGCGACGUGACCGCGCUGCCGCUCCUCCAUGUCGUCCAAGCGCUCAUGAAGCGCGCCGCGUGCGAAAAGAAAUUCCUCCGCGACGCAGCCACGCUCGCGAUCGCCAAGCUCACGACGCACGCGCCGACGUGGCCCGUCCUUGUGGCGCUCGCGGCCUACUCGUCGAGCAAGAGCGCCAAGCUCGUCACCGCCGCGUGCAAUGGCACGAUGCUCUGCUUGCUCCAAAUGCAAGUUGACGCUGCAAUCUUGAACCCGACGCAGGUAAGACGCGUCUCGUAG